AUGCUGGAGAGAGAAGCACGAUAUUUAAUACAAUUCAAACUGGUACCUAAGCCAUUUACACCUGGAUAUUGAAUCAUUAAUAUUCCUAAAUUUGCUUGUGAAAGUGCCAGUCGUUGUCAGGUCAAACCGAGAUUAUAUUUGUUGUCAUUAGCAGAAUCUGUGAGACUGUGAGUGGCCUGAAGCAAGUUUAAGAUCUGAUAAACGAAUGCUUCCCAGGAAAUGCCUUUCAAAAAGACUGCCAGGAAAAUACUCCUCAAAAGGAUACCUAUCCUGACAUGGGGUAAGGAAUACACCGGGCAAAAAUUAGUGAAUGAUCUCAUAGCAGGAUUCACAGUUGGAUUGACAGUUAUGCCACAAGCGUUAGCAUAUGCUACCCUAGGAGGAUUAGAACCACAGUAUGGACUGUAUUCUGCAUUCAUUGGUUGCUAUAUUUACGCCAUAUUUGGUAGUAUAAAAGAUAUCACCAUCGGACCUACUGCAUUGAUGGCACUGAUGACGUACCAACAAGUCAUGGAAAGAAACGUAGAUUAUGCAGUACUGCUAUGCUUCCUAUCUGGAAUUGUGCAGAUCAUCAUGGCAAUACUUCGUUUAGGUGUUCUUAUAGAUUUUAUAUCUAUACCAGUGACGGUGGGAUUCACGUCAGCCACUUCUGUGGUGAUAGCAACGUCGCAAUUGAAGAGUCUUCUAGGUUUGAAGAUAAAAUCUUCUGAUUUCUUAGACACGAUGACCAAAGUUAUUUCUAAUAUCCACCAAACGAGGGUGAAUGAUCUCAUCUUGGGCGUUUCCUGCAUUGCCAGCCUUAUGUUACUGAGGAAACUCAAAGACGUUCGAGUACACAAGAAGGACUCGAAGCCAAGCAAGCAGCAGGACACCCUCAAGUACAUUCUCUGGCUGAUUUCGACAUCGAGAAACGCCAUCGUGGUGGUGCUAUGCAGCCUGAUAGCGUUCUACUACGAGCGAAACGGUCUAGGUUCACCGUUCCUUCUGACGGGCAACGUCAAGUCAGGAGUUCCAGAAUUCAAGCUGCCCCCCUUCGAGACGCAGCUGAACAACCGAACGGUGCUCCUGGGGGAGAUGGUUUCGGAUUUGGGGAGUUCCAUUGCGCUCGUGCCGAUUAUAGCUGUGCUGGGAAACGUCGCCAUAGCAAAAGCUUUUGCAAGUGGAUCAACAAUCGAUGCUACACAGGAACUGUUUACGUUGUCUCUGUGCAAUUUAUUCGGUUCGUUCUUCUCUUCCAUGCCAAUCACAGGAUCAUUCUCAAGAUCAGCAGUCAAUCAUGCUAGUGGCGUACAAACUCCUCUAGGAGGAAUAGUAACAGGUACGAUGGUGUUGUUGGCUCUCGGCUUCCUAACGCCCUACUUCGCCUACAUCCCAAAGGCCUCUUUAGCAGCUGUCAUCGUCAGCGCCGUCGUCUUCAUGAUCGAAUACGAGGUGGUACGGCCGAUGUGGCGGUCCAGCAAGAAGGACCUUGCAUGCACCUUCGCCACCUUCGUCGCCUGCUUGAUCGUCGGCGUGGAGUACGGCAUCCUGCUCGGCGUCGGCGUCAACUUGACGUUCCUGCUGCACUCUAGCGCCAGGCCGGCUGUCUACGUCGAGAAACAGAAGACGCCUCAUGGGGUUGAAUAUAUGGCCAUCACUCCAGAAAACAGUUUAUAUUUCCCAGCCAUCGAUUUCAUCAAAUCAAGUGUCGGAAAAGCAGGAAUGACCUCGAAACAUCUUCCUGUUGUAGUGGACUGCCGAUUCAUUUUAGGCGCAGAUUUCACGGCAGCGAAGGGCAUUUCAGCUCUUAUCAAUGAAUUUAUGAUGAGGAAACAGCCACUGUAUUUCAUCAAUACAAGGAAAGAGGUCCUCCACGUUUUCAAUGGAGUGAUGCGGGAAGACUUCAAACAUUUCGAUUCCAAGGAACAAGUGGAACAAACCAUCGAAGAUCUGACUUCUGACCAUGGUGAACAAGACUGUCUACUCUCUCAUGAUUGUGGAGAUUUGCAUAGGAGGAAUUUAGAAUUGAAAGAAAUUAGUCAUAAUGAAAAUUUGUUAGUGUGAAAGUGUACUCUCUAGAUGUGUUAUUUGACUGAUGAUCCUUUUUUAUUGCCGAAUGAGGAAUAAUGUGACCGUGAAAAAUGUAUUUGAUACCUAAUUUAUUAUAUAUGUAUAUAGUAUUAUAGUUGUCCACGAAUAUGCACCAUUUUCAAAAAUUAUUAACCAACCCUUCCCAGAAAAAAAAAACACCUGUAUGAUUGAAUGACUAGAAAAGAUUAUAGUGAACCUUUCUAUAUCUUCUCAGCUCUUAUGUUGAGGAUCCUAGAAUGUAGAAAAAAAAGUGUACAAAAAUCUUUGGAAAAUGCCAUUCCUGCACAUUUAAAUAUGUCAAUUUCCACACUAGUAUGUUA